UUGUCAUUGAACUGUAGACGAAUCUAGUACAUAGUCAACACGAAGCGUUAAGAUGUUAUGAUACGUUGGUCUACAGUAUAAAUUUCACCAUGUAUGUUGAAAAGGAUACUAAACAAAAGAGAUCUCUUGUUAAACGGCCAGUUGGAAUUUUGAAGAAACAGCUUGGAUACACCAGAGAGUUUCCACACCCAAACCUCGUUAGAAUUAUCAUACCGACAUUGCCAUAUGAGGCUCUCGAUUGUUCAGGAGAAAAGAUCCUUCCAUGGUCGUUGAUGAAACUGUUCGACUCGUGUGAACCCAGCGAUUUUUGGCCCAAUCAAGACGAGCCCAAAGGCCCGGUUCAUGACAAGGUCCUGUAUAUGUUGAAUUAUGAAUUAGAGAUCGAUGAAGCACUUUAUACAUCUGAUUCUCCAAAAUUUCCGUUAAUCAUUGAUAACACUGUCAAGUACGUUAAAAGGGCCUCACGGUUUACUGAAACUAUUUUACGACAUCCGGAAGUGGAAAGACCGUACGUUAGAUGUUCUGGAGUAGAUGUUAAUAUGGACCCAGAAACAAGAAAACCCAAAACAUUUCCUCUAUGGUGGAAAGAACAUUUUAACUUUCCCACAGAAGGACCGAAGCGUGAAUUUAAAAUUCCUCCAAAACCGGCAAAAGUAUUUAGUUCGGAACAUCGCGUGUAUUUCAGUGAUACAGACGAAAACAAGCAUAUGAAUUAUACAGUAUACGUCCGAUUUUGUUGUGACAGUUUCUAUGAAAAUGUUCUUGCUGGUAAAUAUGGUGCUAGUUUAGAUGUGUACGAGAUAGGGGUGAAGAAAUUACAGAUUACAUAUUUGAAAGAAUGUAAUUUAGGAGACAUUUUGACUGUAGAAUCAUGGGAAGAUGAGUUCACCAAAGAUACAUAUCAUUUUGAGAUAUGGAACGGUUCUGAUUUAUCAGCCACUGUCACAAUCAGUUACUAUAACUUCCGCAACGGACAGAGUAGCCGUUUAUAAGCAGUAAUAACUUUUCAUCAACUAAACUGCUUUUACAGUUGCCAUGAUAAAGCCCUCAUACUAGCAAAAGGCUAUUUGAAAUACUUCGAGUAUAUUUGAACUAUUUUAAUUAAAACUACUGGCUUCGAAACCGUAUACCCAACCAGAUACGUUAAAUGCUAAAGAAUUUCUGUUUAUUCAAAUCAUUUUGAAUUGGUCCGUCAUAGAAUUUUAGAGUUUAUUAAGUUCAAGAUACAUGUAUUGUGCAUGUUGUAUUUAUCAAAUAUUCAGCAUAAAUUUAUUACAAACAUCACCUACUUCUAUAAGGGGCUUAAUGUUUAUAUAUAUAACAUGUUCAGGUAUUUAGAAAUGCAAAUUAUAUUAAUUAUGAUAUUUGAAUUGUAUUCAUGCAUAAAUAUUGCACUAUUAAACUUCAUUUUACACACAUCGUCAUGUUUCAUUCUACAUGUACUUCUUUUAUAAUUUUCGGCUACAACUCAUGUCGUCUACCUACAACUCUCCACAUUAAAACGGACUUUACAUUCAAUGCCUGUGUAAUCGAAUUUCCGGUGCUGGGAGGAUGGAGGCUAUUUUUCUUUUUGUAUCACAGCUCGUUGUUUUUUCUUAACAAAAUUGGUGCGAGUAAAUCGUAUACACCAAGGGCAUUCCAUUCCAUAAUGGUUAGGUGAAGAGGAGGAGCCAUUUUUCAACACAGUAGAGUGCGGUAACUAA